GCCGGCGAAACAUUGACCGUUGUUAUGCCUGUAUCGAUAGUCGGUGAAGUUUUUAUGCACACAUCACUGCGCGCGCCUCCUCCCCUCACUCACGGAAUGACUCGGCCGCGCCAUGACACUCGAGAGCGCCCUACGAGACUGUCACGUUCAAAAAUAGAACAGUUUUUUAUUACAAUAAACUGGUCGAAGGACAUACUGGAUUAUUUAGUUGACGAGGCGAAGGCUGUAAGGCCUCAAACUGUUCAAACUGGCGAUAAACUGGUGGAAGGAACCGGACAUGGGAGGUGAAUACCUUUAUUACAAUCGAUGCAGUAUUAUCAAUGUGUUCCAUGUCAGUCCCGCUCGGGGAGCGGGAAGGCUGCGCCGCGGCGCGCAUGUGGCGCGUCGCUUGCGGGACGCUGGUGGCGCCCGGCGCGGACGACGCCUGGAAGCAGAUCGUGGACUCCUCGCCUCCUGACGCCAUGUGGCACUCAUUGAGGAACUGCGUGGCUUAUCAGGCAGGGGUAUGGGCGAACCUGCUUUCAAAAGGCAUCGACGACGUGAUCCAACCAGCGGCGUUCAAGCUAGCGAUUGUAUUAAGACACACGCCAUCUGAAUUGGUAGUGAGGCUGCUCACUGAUUUGUUGCGCUUGCAUCCGCAGUCGCAAGACCUAACAUCGUACGUGCUAGCGCUGCUGACGGACGACGAGGCGCAGUUCUGCGGCAGCUGCGGGCGCGAGGCCGAGCCGUCCGCGCCCGCCGGGCCCGCGCCGCUGCGCGACCUGCAGCUGUUCGGGGACUGCGAGCUGGCUGUUUUGGCAGCUUCGAAAGAAGAAUAUGAUGCCCACGCUAAGUUGGUGAGGGCGGAAUAUUCCAAGUUGACGCAAGAAAAUUAUGUGGAAUUAAGAAUAAAGGUUCUCAAUCAGUUCUCUCAAAUCCCGAAGUUAUACCACACGCCGGAGUUCGAAUGUUUUGAGUCGGCCGCGAGGGAAAAUAUCGAGCGGGAAAUAUGCACGUUACGGGAACAUUUGUUGACCGGGAGGAACGAAUAGGAGACGAUAACCUGUAAAGAUUAUUUAUUAGCUUUAUAUAGACAUUUGUUGUGCUGUGGGUCACAUAAUUUUGCGUGAGUAUUUGAUAUUGAUAAAUGACGAUCAAUGAUUAGGUAGCUUAUCAAAUAAGGCUUAUUCAUGAAUGUUUUUUUUUAAAAGAAAUACCUAUCAUGUUUAUGUUCCCUCUCUUAAUCUCUGAAGUGAUCCUAAAUGUUAAAAAAACAAUUUUUUGUCGAGUAUAAGGUAACUAUCUACAGGGUUAAGGGUUAUUCGUUGAAUUCGUUCGUUGAGUUGGUAUCUCGUAAUACAAGUCCUUUAUAAUUUGUCCUGUGUAUAUGUAUGUAUUCAAUGACCUUAUUACGGCAUUACAAUAUGUCAAAUGAUUUCUCUAAAAUAAGUACGCAAAAUUAUGAGAAAUGUGAUCUGAAAAUUUUAAGCAGUCUAGUUUCGUAAAUACUGCGGAAUUGACAUGAGAAUUGAUUUAUAACAUGAUGUAAGCUAUAAAUUAAUUUAAUUGGCAUAAUUUUGCUAUCUUAAUUUGUAUAACAACAUCGCUUCCACGGAAUUAGGUAGAGAAUGAAUGUGUUUUUUGUCCAUUCUGUUGUAAUUUUAGGAGAUAUUCUAUGCAAUGCUUGUGUUGCCAUUUCUACUUAAUGUAUUAUGUUGGAGCUUAGCUAAUAUUCCAUAUUUUGACUAAAAGCUCAAUUUGAUAGGGAUCUAAAAUGUACAAAUAUUGUUCUAUAAUAUAGUGUUUAAAUUUUAGUUCCAUUCCAUUCAUUCAUCAUUGAGAAGACAGAAUCUACACAUAUAUUCUCAUUAAUUUUUAUUUGAACGUUUCGUUCAUAAUUAAUGAAUGAGUACUUUAGUACUUAGAUUAUUUGGUACGCUGAAUCAUAUGACAAGGUCAUUUUAUUAGUGUUAUUUAUACACGACAUUUAAUAUCACAUUAUCUUCUCUAAAGUCGGUAAUAAAUAGUGAUCGCCUUAUCAUAAUGUAUUUGUUAAAA